AUGCGCAUGACCAUGCUCGGAGUGUUCCAGCGAGUGGAGGCGAGGCUCACCCGUGAGCUGACCGAGGAGGAGAAGGCGUCGGUGCGAACUGUGGUUGACGCUGCCGUCUUUGCUGCCCUGGUCAAGAGCGAGGGUCUCGACGAUGGCGACGAUGCCAUGCGCGGCCGCGCACGCCUCUCCGAGCACGGUGUGUGCGAGGUCGUCAUGAGCAUCCGCACAGAACUGCUCAAGGCAGAUACCACAGCUGAUCGCCAGAUCGAGCUCAUCCGCGCCCUCGCCCGCGAGCACAUCACCUUUAACGUGCUCAAGAAGACAAAGGUCGGCAAGACGCUCAACAAGCUCCGCAAGUCGUCCGACUCGCGCGUCGCACGCAUGGCCAAGGAGCUGAUCCUGGUCCUCAAGCGCCUCGUUGCCGACCGCUCAUCCUCCAGCUGA